CUCAAUAAGACUUUAAUGUUUGAGCAAUGUGCAAAGAAACCUAGGCUACCCAGGAUUUGCAUUCUUUUGAGUUCUUCCUGUAGAAAAAUCAUUCUUUUCCCCACGGGAGGGUCACGUUUCGCUUCGUGAAAAUAAUUUUCCGAUCGGUCAAGAUCGAGCUUGGGCUUGCUGAAGAGGGUCAGCAAUUUAGAAUUCUUGCAUAAAAAUGUGUACUACAAUCGGCAGCACCAGUACCGCCCGUGGCGUCCUUCAGAAGACCGCCUUCGCAUUCUGUGCCCUCUCCACCUUUUCGGGAACGCACGGUGUGCGGGUGUCGUCGCCGAGGCGCAGUAAAGUUGCUCGGAGCGCCGGGAGAAACAGCAAGACUGGAGACAGUAGUGUAUCCGAUCCCGCCUCCUGGAAACCGACACUGCAACCCUACACGCCAGGAGAAGUUUUCACAGCCUUUGCAAACAAUGAUGUUGAGAGCAAAAGCAGCGACGAGGUAGCUUUUUCUCCCCCGCCCUGGGUCGACGAGGGCAACAAGUACAGCCAUAUCGGUGGAAACUUUUCCCCACCCCCCGGACUUCCGCCGCCGCCCGGCCUUUUUGCGCCACACGACCGGGAUACUACUAGUUUUGCGGUGACGCAGGAGCCGCUCCUGAUCGACGAGGCUGACCUUGUGUUUCCUCCGGGCUUGGGGCUGGAGAAGGACGAAGGUACGCCAGCGCUUCACGUGGCAGGUGAAAUUCCGAUUGUCGUUCCAGACGAGCCAGUUGUUACAAAAACGCAGGAGAAGAGCACAAGGGCGAAAAAGAAGGCGCUACCCCCAGUACCGGUUUUUCGAGCGCCGCCACCGUCGAUAGAUGCGAAAACCACGGGUGACACUUGGUCUACGUUCCGUGCUAUGAGUCUAGAGCCUUCGUACGUGGUACCGGCUGUAUCCUCUUCAAGCGACGGGGAAUCAACACUGGAACCAAGUGAAACAGGUAUAACCUGAGUCGUUGAUCGUAGACUGUAGUGCAUGUGGCUAUAUGAUCACUGUUGUCUUUGUGUCGACGGACUGUAGCGCGAUUUGACUUUGAAGCCCUAAUGGUGUAGUUCCGCGCGUCCAAUUAUGCACAGCGUUCUACAACUCCCGAAAUUUUUGUGCAAAAAUUAACAGAUACACUUGCGACGUUUUCGCGGAUGACCACCCCGGCCCUCCCGGAAAGCCACCAGACGGCCCAAGCUCCGACUCUGGUCCAGUCCGCGAGCAGCUCCACGACUAGCCCCGCUAGCAGAACGUACGCCCAGGCGGUUGUCGCUGGAACUACAGGGUUGUCAUCUCCCACGGGCGAGCGGUCCUGCAGAGCGGGCGGGGUUCCGUCGCUCACGCAUUUGGGCCCACAGAGCGCCGCGUUUCCGCCGCUCUCGUCCGCCGCUGCGGCGCAAAAGGCAACGUCCUCGCCCAACACCAAGGCGGCGAAACGCUUCCAGAAAAACCUGCUGGCCUUCGAGAAGAAGAUGCACGAUCUGCACUACGAAACGGCGAAAGGCGUCGUUCUGGAAAAGCGCGACAAGCCGUCCACGCGGCGCGGGUGAGUACAACUGCGGAUUCAAGUAUUUCCGCUAGAAAAUAAGAGCGAGUCCAGUAGUUUUCGGAAGACCAAGGGGUCGACUGACUAAGCUUGCAACUACACUUUUCGGUCAACAGACGGGGCGUUUGUCCAAGAUGUCUUUUUGGUUGUUUGACGUUCUGAUGUUUCGCUUUUAAGUACUUAUUUGUUUUGAUGUUCCACCAGCUUCUUCUCGAAGAGGACGGAAAAUAAACUAGGAGUGUCAUGAUUGACAGCACAGAUGCAUUGGCCAUAAAUCAAUAUGACGUACCAGAAAUGCAAAUUUUCAAGAAGCAAGUGGUCUGCCAAACCCAAAAGACGUCGUACCGGCAACUAAGUACCCUAAAAGAAUUUUUAUAAAUGAACUGCAGAUUAAUUUUGUGCAUUGCAUACGAACCCAGAAAAGCAAU